GUAAUGGCAGAUUUCAUAGAGCAUUUUCGUGGCUACCAAAUAGAGAUGGAAUACAGGUAAUUCUCUUACAUUAGGUAUAGGCUUGUGGCUGCAGAAAAAGAGUCUGAGUCAGAUGAAGAACCUGAUCCAAAGUCUAUGCUUACACAUAGAAUCGAUGACAACAUUGCAGUUGAGUUGAGCGAUAUGAACCCUAAGCCUAAAAAGUAUGAGAGGCAGAUAGAUUAUGGAAUUGUAGAAUGCUUAAUUCCUAUAUUUUUCUGCUUAUCCUUUGUUACAUUUACCAACAACAGUGAGUAUUUCGUAGGAAGUACGAUAGCAUUUGUAUUUCUGUACUCAAAGUUUCAUGACUGGAUCCCGAAUUCACUCAGAAAUACUUUCUUAGCAGCACUUUGUGGGUCCAUUCUGUAUUUUUCAAACGGGCAGUACUAUCAAUGAGUAUCUAUGACUCUGAUGGUGUAUAUUCCGUUUCAUACGCUCUUGAAGGAAUACUCUGGCAGCUUUAACUUCAUAGAUAUAUUCGGACUCUUGGUGCUAAAUUGUAUUUUCCUUGUCUUCUGGACAGAGAAACUCUUUGAGUUUUGCCAAUUCUGGUCUGAAUCCCAAAACGGUAUGAACAAGUACGAGUUUCUAUCCAAAAUUCGACCAAAAACAAUCGGAUAUAUUCCAGAAAUCUUGCUGUUUUUCUGUCCAUAUGUGAUUUUGAACAUUUCAGGUGGUCUUUUCACUCUCUCAUUGUGAAUGACUGGAAGAAGGACGGAGAAAUACUGUCUUAGUUUUGUGAUAGUCUCAACUAUGAUUCUGCUUUGCAUUAUGAUUGCAGCUAAUAGAGUAUCUCCUUUUGAGUUUGACAUCAUUGAUUUCUUGAUUUCAGAAGCAACCAAAGUAUUCACAAGUGGGGUUUUCUGGUACAUGUUUACAAGUCUACCAUUUUGCUUGAUCAUGAUUUCCAGCCUCCCAGGAGAUAACAUCUUUGCCACCAGAAAGUUCUUCCAUUUCACUGCACUAGCUUUGUUUUUGCCAGCUGUAGUGGCUAACCAAAAGAUCAUGGUCUUUGGCUCAAACCUUGCUAUUGUUUGCUUUGUUAUGAUAGAGUUCACCAAGAAGUAUAACCAAGGAGCUGUUCUCAAGCUGAUACAUCAUUAUGAAGAGAAGUACCUGGAUGAAAGAGAAAUGAACAGAGAUGGAGUUAUACUCUCUCAUUUGUUUCUCUUGUUAGGAGCAACCAUUCCAACAAUUACGAGUUAUAUUUUAGUCGAUGGGAUGGAAUUUCCAAGUCAUUUUAUCUUAUUCUCCCUCUCUGGUCUUGUGUUCGUUGGAAUAGGUGAUUCAAUGGCAGCUCUUUGAGGAAAAAUCUAUGGCAAGACCAAGUGGCCAGGAAGGAGUAAAAGUCAAGAAGGGUCGUUCUUCUGUAUAUUCUCAUACAUGUUGUUCUAUGUAAUAAUUCUAAUGCUCACAACUCCAUUAGUAACAUCUGGAAAAGGCAUAGAAAUAUUCAUAGCAGGUUUUGUGGCAACCAUGGUAGAGGCCUUUACAAGACAGUUUGAUAACUUCUUAUCUCCUCAGAUUUGCUUUGCCUCUGUACUCUUCAUGAGCUACUAUUUUGAAGAGUACUUGCCAAAUCUAUAAGUCAAAUUCAACAUUUUGA